AUAUUUUCUUACGUUUUGUUUGAAACGAAAUAGCAUGCAAUGCUAUUGUGAUUUCAUUUGUUAAUAAUAAUAAAAAUUUCGUUUACAAAUUUUUUUUCAGAAAAUGAAUCCUGAAAGUUUUACCAACAUGGUUAGUAAUGUGGACAAAAAUAAAUAUGCACAAUUUAUUCAAAGAAGACUUCAAAGCAUGCAAUCCAGGAAUAAUAAUUGGAAAAUGUCGUACACUUUCGUUAAAACUGCUCAAAAAAAUGUAGUUCUACGACAUAAAACAAAUAUUUUACUUUAUUCUUAUAAAAGUAAAUUAAAAGAUGUUUGUCCAGCUCAAAUACAAGCAUUAAAACAACACAUUCAAAAAGACUUGGAGCCUAAAUAUGAUGAAUCAAAGUCUACCGAUAUUGAUUUUGAUGAAGAAGAAAAAGAAGAAGACUUAGACGUUCAUCCCAGCGAAUUAACAGUAGAAGUACCAAAAUUAAAAACAUGGGAUAUGUACAAACAAUUGGUAGAAGAAUCACGAUUAAGACCAAAAGUAAAAUAUAUUCCUGAACAACCAGUAAUAGAUGUCUCAACUUUAUCAAAAAUUUAUUUCGAGUACCGAAUUAAAAAAUUUAUUAUAUCACGAAUAGUUGUGAAAAAAAAACCCCAAAAAAGUAUAAUAAAAUUAAAAAAGGAAAGAAUUUUAGUGGCAAACAAGAAUUAUGUAGAAUUUAAAAAUUUCGAACUGAAGAAAGUAUAUAAGAAAAUAAUUACGAUAAAAAAUAUUGGUAAUAUGCCUGUGAGAUAUCAUUUAAGAAAACAGCCAUAUCAUUCUAAAUUUUGGAUUAUGAUAAAACCCGUGAUUGAAAAUAAAAAUAUCAUUCCACCGGGAUUGACAGUACAGUUGAUCAUUUUCUUCCGUUGUGAUGAAAUCGAUACACCAGAUGAGAUAUUGAUAAUAAAAGUUCAAUACGGAAGUCCAUUGGUCAUUCGAAUGUGUGGAUACAAAGAUUCUCCCCAUUUAGUCGGAAUUUGCCAAUCAGAUGAAAUACCUUUUAAAUAUUCGAAUAUGAAAUUAAAUCAAGAUUGGCAGCCAGAGAUAGAAAUGUCAUUUGAUAGUUUAGAUACAUUUUAUGUACGAUAGAUAAUAAUUAUGAUACGAUUAUUCUAAUCUUAUAAUAUUUGAUUUCUUAUGGUUUCAAUUGGUAACAAAUGAUUAUUCUAUUAAUUAUAAUAAAAACUUAGUAUUUGCUUUUAGUAAAAAGAUAUAAUAUUAAAAUAAAUGACUAUAAGAAAUUUUUCGUCGCUUAUUCGAAGAAUAAAGAAUUAUUAUAUCAUGUUUUUAAUUUUUAGACUGAAAGUGUUAAGACCGACUCUCUAUUGACAUUCAUGAGUAACGACGAUAAAUUCAUAAGCAUGAUUUUUGAUUGCAAAAGAGCUUUUAUUGGAGAGGAAGUUUAUGUAACUAUGAAAUUGAAAAACAUCGGUGGAAAUGGACGCUUUUUCAUAAUAAGUGAAAUCGAUUGGUUCUCCAUGAACAUUAUGGUAAAAUCAUUUCCUUUUUUUAACCCGUUUAAUAAUAUUUUAUAUAUUUUUAUACAUUAUAUAUUUUUUAACAGGAUGUCACAGAUAAAAAUAUUUUGAAAUUAUCUUGUUUCACUAUAUGGCCAGCAUAUUUUUCAUUGAAUAAAAACGAAGAAAUGACUUUCCAUAUGAAAUUUGCACCAGAAUGCUUUGGCAUUCAUGUAAAUUAAAAAUAAUUCGCAAUCAGUAUAAAUACUACUAUUAUACUAUACUAAUAUAUAUAAUAUAACUAUAUUAUACUAAUUUCAUUCAAUCCACUUUUUUUAAUAUUUACUUUAACAGGUGGAAAAAAUAUACAUAUUAUGUACUAAUUGUACCCUACUUACAACAGAAAUAAUCGGAGAUGGGUUAUUAUAUGAACCAAAUUUCAUCCAGCUUAGUAAAGUAUCUAUAAAUUUAAUUAAAAAUUCUUUAUAUCUUUAUAUAUAAUUAUAUUAAUGAUAAUCAUGAUAUUAAACACAAAUUAUACACUUAUAACAAAAAUAAGAAGAUAAGAAUUAAAAUAAAUAAAAUUGCAGCAUUUGAAAAAAAUAGAAUCAUCUAAAAGAAAUAUAGAUCAAUACUCGAAGUAUUAUAUAAACUUAAGCACUGAUACUCCUGAUGGUGUUGGACAAUGCAUUAUUCCCGUAAAUAAUGUUAGGUAUAACAUAACUUUUUUUAUAAAUUUAAUAAAAA